UGCAGCAAAUUCUUUUAACAGUGCUGAGAAAAUGUUGCGUCUCACGUGACUUUAAUUUACACCUGGCUUUUGCUAGAAACUUUUACAUUUAAAGUAUGUUAUGAAAAGGAAAAACAAUGUUAUUAAAAGGAAAAACGUAAACUAUUUAUUAGCCGUGACCAAUCAGAUGCGGAAUCCAGGCCGCUAGCCCCCCCCCACGCAUGACGGUUGCUAAGAUACACGCUGAGUCAGCAGGCAGCGCCGGUGACAUCACACUUGUCACUUUCACUUUUGAUUUUCUUACGAUAAGAAUACACGCGAUACUCCGCUUUGACCAUUCUGUUAGGGAGCUGUCCACAUUAACGUGUUUGAUCUGCACAUCAUGGCGACAUCUGGAGGGGACAGCAGCAUCCUGGAGGAGGAGCUGACGUGUCCCGUGUGUUUGGACCUUUACCGUGACCCCCACCUGCUGCCUUGUGGCCAUAACUUCUGUCUUCCUUGCCUGCGCAGACUCAAAAGCCGAUCGGACCACGGCCGGUUGAAAUGUCCUGAGUGCAGGCAGAGUCACCGCAGCUCCGCCAGCUGGCAGAAAAAUUUCAAACUGGCUAACAUCGCCGACAGCUUCCGACGGCGCCCCCAAUCGGACCGCCACAGCCGGAGCGGCCCGCCUCACACCCACGCCGAGGUGCGCUGCGACUACUGCCCAAAGGAGGACGGUGAGAAGGAUCCCAAGGCUGUUAAAACCUGCCUAAAAUGUGAAGUGUCUAUGUGCGCGAAGCACGUUCAGCCUCACCUGGAGCUCCCAGCGUUUCGAGAGCAUCCUCUGGUGGAGCCGCUGAAAGAUAUGAGAAAACGAAAGUGUGUGGAGCAUGAUGAGAUGUUCAAGUACUACUGCGUGGACGAGCGGCUCUUCUUGUGCAAUGCCUGCACCAUAGAGGGAACUCACAAUGGACAUAUAAUCAAAACGUUAAAGAACACCAUGAGAGAUCUCAAGGUUUGUGUUGACAUUCAGAUGCACAAGGUGAACAGAAAAAUCAUAAAGGUGGAAAAAAUCCGUCAGGAACAAAAAGAGAUUGAGCGUCAGAACAAGGCCUAUCUGGAUGAUACAGAGGGGCAUCUAGAAGCUUUCCGAGAGACCUCCAUUGCGCAGUUGGAUGCGUUUCUGUCUUCCAUGCGUGAUUGCGUUCACACACAUGAAGUUGAGCAGGGAUCUGGAGUACAACAGAACUUGAGCCGAAUCGCUCAAGAUCAUACUCGCCUGCAGGGGGUUCACUCGGCGCUCGACAGACUUCUACAGGAGAACGAUCCUUUUCAGUUCAUUAAGGAAUAUAAUUCAUCUGAGAAAAGGUACCGGAGGCUGUUAAGAACACCUCUGUUCUUCCCCGAUGAGCCCACAGUCGACACAGAGCCGCUCUAUGAGACCGUUGAAGGGAAGAUGACGGAGUUUAUCGCUGAAUUACGUCUGCAGGCCUCCACUCUCAUCAGUACAAUCUGUCAUUUUGAGGGAGCAGACGGUGUGGACGAGGAUGAGGAAGAAAGCUUUGAGGAUGAUUACAAUGACAGCGGCAGUGAGGUAGACGAUGAAGAAGAGAUGAGGAGUGAGGAAGAGGAAAACCUCAGCACAGGAGCAGAGACUGCUGAUGAAGAGUACACACCCGAGGAUGAUGAUGAUGAUGAUGAUGAGGUGGAGGAGGAAGAUGAUGAUGAAGACGACGACUAACGGAUAAUUUGCACUGCUGCCGUCACACUCGUGAGUUGCCAAAGCCCUCACACCUGUGUGUGUUUAAAGUCAGUAUUCAGUCUUGCACUGCUAAGACACUUUGGUCAAAAGGUUUGAUGUUUUAAUGCAAAAAAUUAAAGUGAGAAUAUUAAAUAUGAUCUGUCUAAUAAUUUAUGAGAAUGUCCUGUGUUAAACAUGAGAGACUUGGAAAAGUAAAUUUGGAUCCAGUCAGAGAUUGUAAUGUCUUUCUAACAAUAUAAAAAAAAAGAGCUUUUGCCAGGUUUGUUUGUUUAAUAGCUCAGGGUUGAAAUGUUAAAACGGACGUCACUUUGGGGUGGACUUCAGUUGCACUUUUUUUCUUUUACUUUUGUCAAGAUGUAAAAUGUAUAUAAUAAACAACUAAUGACUAUAGUUAUUGUAUACAAUUUUUAUAGUCAAUUUGCCAGAAAGUAAUGUGUUGAAAAAAUAAAGUAUGCAUCAUUUACAGAA